GUGGACGGAAUUGUGCCGGUGGAGUAGAAACUCCCGCCAUUUCGACAAGGAAUUAACCUCUUGAUUGAUACAGGGUAGUUUUCCGUAACACUCACUACGCUUUUGAAGGUUAUCAAGAGGCAACGACACCACGGACAUGCAACGAAAACGUUUAACUAAAGGAAAACGGGCUUCGAUUUGAAGGUUUGGAUUGCACAGCGCGCCAGAUCUCGCUGCUGAACUGCGCUUUGGCUGUUGCCGCGAGUUUGAUCUCGGUGUGGUUUGCAUCUUUUCAUGUUCAUCCAGAGGAGCUGAAAGUUCCCUAAUACUACCGGGGGACAAAUCCAGCUACCUGAUCUACAUCACUGACAUUACGUAAAACCAUCAUGACACCGCUAGCAGAGAAGAGAGCAAGGAUGCGAUGAGGCGGGUGACAAGAAGCGCACUGUUAUUGUUUUGCAACGAGCUAGCGAUCCAGCCUACUAGCUAGUUAGCUAGCUGCUACACGUUGAGUGCCGGGCCUGCCGGCGGUAACGUGAGACGUGCUAAGAUAUUUUGGGGCACUUGUAUAAAUGCUAAGGACAUAUUGCUGUAUAUUGUUUAAUUAGUUUGUGACUACAAGGUUAAACCGUUGGAACCCUACCGUAGCAAGCUGUGCCAUUUGUGAAAUUGAGAUGGCACCGCUUUUAGGCCGGAAACCAUAUCCACUAGUUAAGCCGCUGCCCGAGCCACCAGGCCCGGGAGAGGAGGUCUACAUCAUCGAGCACACCAAGGAGGCCUUCAGGAACAAAGAAGAGUAUGAGGCUCGCUUGCAGAGGUAUAGUGAGCGCAUCUGGACCUGUAAGAGCACUGGAAGCAACCAGCUCACACACAAAGAAGCAUGGGAUGAGGAACAAGAAGUCACUGAACUGCUCCAAGAGGAGUAUCCAGUAUGGUUUGAGAAGCCAGUCCUGGAGAUGGUCCACCACAACACAGUGUCUUUAGACAAACUGGUUGAAAUGGCUUGGGUGGAAAUCCUCACCAAGUAUGCUGUAGACGAGGAGUGUGACUUCCUGGUGGGAAAGGGCAAAAGUUUGCGAGUGAAGGUGAUGAAGAUCCAUCCCCUAGAAAACCCGGAGGGUGAGACUGGUGAGAAGAAGCUUGAAGGUGCUUGUGAUUCUCCAUCCAGUGACAAAGAAAAUGCAAGUCAGGAGAACCAGCGAAAGGAUCCUCCGCCCCGAGAGGAGGAGAACAGAAGAGAGAGUCUCAGUGACAGAGCUCGCCGUUCACCCAGGAAGCUUCCAACAGCCAUGAAGGAAGAGAAGAAGAAGUGGGUCAUGCCCAAAUUCCUUCCUCAUAAGUAUGACGUGAAGCUCAUUACUGAGGAUAAGGUGAUCAGUGAUGUCCCAGUAGACAGCCUUUAUAGAACAGAGCGCCCUCCAACCAAGGAAAUCAUGCGCUACUUCAUCAGACACUACGCCCUGAGGCUGGGUAUGGGAGAGAGUGCUCCCUGGGUGGUUGAAGAUGAACUAGUGAAAAAGUUCAACCUGCCAAGCAAAUUUAGUGACUUUCUUCUUGAUCCACACAAGUUUUUAGCAGAGAAUCCCUCAGCGAAGCGCAAGAGCCUAACGUCUCCAGAAGGUAAACCAAGAAAAAAGCAGAAGUCCUCAGACACACCAGGAGAGGAUUCAGGAAACGAGAAGGGAGAAAAGAAGAAAAGGAAGAGGAAGAAGGAUGCUUUAGGCAUGCCCCUUAGCCCAACCAUUUUGGGCCACAUGCAGAAAAUAAAGAUGAAUGGCUCCCCCCUCAAGGUAAAGAACCCAGGAACCCCCAAGAAAGGAGAUGGCAAAAGCUCUUCUCCCUCCACCCCCAAAUCAGGCAAGAAGUCUGGGGAAAAGAAAGAAGGGAAGAGAAGUGGGAAAAAUGAUGAAAAGAACAUCCUCAAAGCAUCAAAAAAAGAUGGCAAAGCUGGUGCUAAGACACCAAAGAUGAAGCAGAUGACGCUGCUCCAUCUGGCUAAGAGCACCCCAACUGGAAGCCCUAAGAAGAGAGCCCGCAGUACUGGUCUUGGCACCCCCAAACUGGGAAAGCCAUUGCAUCCCAUGGCUCUGCACCUCCUGCGCUACUAUAAGGAGAACAAGGGCAAAGAGGACAAGAAGACCUCCCUUUCCUCGCUCAUCUCCAAGGCUGCAAAGACCCUGUCCCCUGAUGAUCGGGGCCGGCUGCCAGAGGAGCUGCGGGACCUGGUACAGAAACGCUGGGAACUCCUGGAGCAGAAGAAGCGAUGGGCAGCUAUGAGUGAAGAAGAAAAACAGGAGGAAAUGAAAAAGAGGCGCGAGGAUAUGAAAGAAAAGCUGAGAGAAAAGGCAAAGGAGAGGCGUGAAAAGGAGCUGCUGGUCCGUCGUGAACAAUCACGCAGAUAUGAGGACCAGGAUAUCGAAGGUGGCAAGAACCUGCCAGCGUUCAAGCUGGUAGACAUGCCUGAGGGGCUGCCCAACACCCUGUUUGGAGACAUAGCUAUGGUGGUGGACUUCCUUCACUGCUAUGCAGGCCUGCUAAUGCCAGAGGACCAGUAUCCAAUCACAGCAGUGGCUCUAAUGGAAGCACUAUCAGGAGAGCGUUCUGGCUUCCUGUACCUGAAUCGAGUGCUGGUCGUGCUUCUGCAGACUUUGCUUCAGGACGAGCUGGCAGAAGGCUACAGCGAGCUCGAUAUGCCCCUCUCUGAGAUCCCCCUCACCAUGCACUCUGCGUCAGAGCUGACACGGUUAUGCCUGCGACCAAGUGACGCUCACAAUGAAGAAAGUGGUCAGGGUUCAGAGGAUUCUGGACCACUUGGAGGCUUUGAUGAUGUGGUGACAAGUGAGUUCUUGGAGAAACUUGAGACAGUGGAGGUGUUUGAGCUGAGCCCGGAGGAGAAGGUCAACUUGCUAGUAGCUUUGUGCCACAGAAUACUCAUGACGUACUCUGUUGAGGACCAUGUUGAGGCAAAGCAGCAACGCUCAGCUGAGCUAUGGAGGGAGCGUCUGGCAAUGAUGAAAGAAGUCAAUGACCGCAAGAGGGAAGAAAGGAAAAAAAGAAAAGAGAUGGAGGGCAAAGGGGAGAAGAAGAAAGAGGGAUCUGCCAAGAAGGAGAGCAAAAAGGAAGUAAAGGUAGAGUCUAAGGUGGAGCCGGAGCCAGAGGACAUGAUCAGCUCGGUAAAGAACCGGCGCCUGAUGUCUAUUCAGGCUAAGAAGGAGAAGGAGGAGAUGGACAGACAGAACAAAGAGCGCAUGGAGAAGGAGGCAGAAGAGGAGCGUAUGCGUAGACAGAGAGCUGCCACAGAGAGGGCCUUCCAGGAUGGUAUCACCAAAGCCAGACUGGUCAUGCGCAGAACUCCACUGGGUACGGACAGGAGUCAUAAUCGAUACUGGCUUUUCUCAGAUGUGGUUCCUGGUCUGUACGUUGAGAAAGGCUGGGUGCAUGAAAGCAUCGAUUACAACUACACUCCUCCACCUGAGGACAAACCAGCCGAGCCCGAGCCUGAGCCUGAGGUGGAGAUGGAGGUGGAGGAGGAAGAGGAUGGUGGCUCUGCAGCUAAUCAGGAUUCACAAGGUGCUGAAAAGGAUGAUUGCAGCAUAGAUGGUGCUGUUAGUGAGGGAGCCCAGCAGGGGGCAGCAGCUGACAUCACUAUAGAAACUACUGUUCCCAAACAGGGACAGAACCUCUGGUUCAUCUGUGACAACAUAGCUGAGCUAGACGAGCUCGUGGAAAGUCUUCAUCCUCAGGGGGUUCGAGAGAGUGAACUGAAGGCAAAGAUUCAAAACAGAUACCAGGACAUCCUGCACUCUAUUCAUCUGACUCGUAAGGGUAAAUUGGGCCUUAGGACUUGCGACGGCUAUGCAGAGCUGCUCAAGUACCUCCGCAGCGACAUCCAGGAAGUGGCCUCACGACUCCAGAAAGGUGGUCUUGGAUACUUGGAUGACAACGUAGACAUUGAAGAGCAGCUGAAAGAAAUGGAUAGCUUGAAAGAGUUUGGCGAGUGCAUCAUCACCAUUCAGGCCUGCGUCAUCAAAAAAUUCCUGCAGGGAUUCAUGGCCCCAAAGCAAAAAAAGAAGAAGAAGCAGGCAGGGGAAGAAAACAGUAAGGCUGAGGAGGUGGAUGAGGAGAAGAGACUGGCAGAGGAGGCCAGGGUGGCAACAGCAGUGGAGAAGUGGAAGGCGGCUAUUCGAGAAGCCCAGACCUUUUCCCGCAUGCAUGUCCUGCUAGGGAUGCUGGACGCUUGCAUAAAGUGGGAUAUGUCUGCUGAGAACGCUCGCUGCAAAGUCUGUCGCAGGAAAGGUGACGAUGAGAAACUUAUCCUCUGUGAUGAGUGCAACAAGGCCUUCCACCUGUUCUGUCUGCGACCGGCCCUGUACCGCAUCCCUGAUGGAGAGUGGCUGUGCCCGGCCUGCCAGCCCACUGUGGCCAGACGAGGCUCCCGCUCCAGAAACUACAAACAAGACUCUGAUGAAGAAGAGGAUGAGGAGGAGUCUGAAGAAGAGGAGUCAGAUGAAGAUGAAGAGGAUGAGGAAGAAAAUGAUUACAAAGCGAUGGGGCACAGCUUGAGACCAAGGAAGAAAAAUAAGCAGUCUUCAUCUCGGCAGAAAAGUUCAAAAAGUAAAUCCAAAAAGCCGUCAUCUUCAAGUAAUCAGAGCAGCAGACAGAGGACUGGCCCCAACAGCCCUGCAGACAUCGAUGAACUGGUGCGACUGAGUUCACAAACUGGAGUGCGCAGGCAGGCGCUGGAGCUGGAGAGGUGUGAGGAAAUCCUCAAGAAACUGAUGAAAUUCCGCUACAGCUGGCCUUUUAGGGAGCCUGUGUCUGUGGAAGAGGCUGAGGACUACCUGGACAUCAUCUCCCAGCCAAUGGAUUUCCAAACCAUGCUGGGGAAGUUCAGCCAGGGCUCCUAUCGUCACGCUCAGGAUUUCUUGCAAGACAUGAAACUUGUUUUCUCCAAUGCAGAGGAGUACAACCAGCAGGGCAGCACGGUUCUGUCCUGCAUGGUCAAGACAGAGCAGACGUUUACCGAGCUGCUCCAAAAACAGCUGCCUGGCCUCAGCUACCUCCGCCGGCGUUCACGCAAACGCAUCAGCCAGCAACCUGAAACAUCUGAGGAAGAGGAAGAAGACGAAGAGGAGGAGGAGGAACACGACGAACCGAAGAAGAAGAUGCAGAACGGUAAAUCAAGCAGGAAGAAAGUUAGGAAUGGUAGAGGACGGAUGGGCGAGGAGAGCAAGAGCGAGGAGGAGGAGGAGGAGGAGGAUGAUGAUGAUGAUGAUGAUGAGGUUGGCAGGAGGAGAAGUAAACGCUCCUCUGCCACGUCAGGCAGAAAGGAUUACAGGGAGCAGGACAGCGAUGGUGAGCGGGACACACGCAGAACUCGUCAACGGGGGGGCCGGGGCGGCGCUGCAGAGGCAAGCAGCGACGAUGACGAUGAGCGGUCCAGCCAGCAGCGACAUUCCAAGAGAGUGAAACGCUCAUGAAGUCCUCGGUGCUUCUGUUUCGUUCUGUCGUCUCUCUUUGCUUUAAAACUUCUGUCCUGCUCUUUUUCGAAAUGAUCAACAGGCUGCCUCCUCCUCCUCCUUCAGCCAGCGGGACUUGAUCCUCAGAAGGAUUUUUUGUGUUAUUGAACUUUUUUGUUCAGAUUUUGGAAAAUGAUAAAAGAAAACUGAUUUAUAUUUGUAACAUGGUUAAUAUUGGUGUUUUUUUGUUCAAACAGAGAAAAUUAGAUAAUGGAGAGGUCCUUGUAGCUCUUAAGACUCUGAUUUGAAUUUCUGUUCCCAGAUGACAAGCGCACACAUGCUCAAGUGUAAUUUGUUGUCCUGCGAACUGCAUUGUAAUCUCAAACACCAGUGCAGUGUUAACAGAGGCCUGCUCUCACCCUUUACACAGCCAUCAGGUCAGUGGGGUGAUUGCGGUUUAAAAUCAGGCUGUAAGGGUUGAGCCCAACCAAACCUCUGUUACGAGUCAUGGUGUUGUCACUCACUUCAAGUACUUGUGGUGUCUAUAGUCCAAACCCUCUGUCUUGGUGUAAAAGCAGCACUAAUGGCUGAAUUGUUCCCGUCACCUGUAAAUCUCUUUCUUCUUCGCAUCUUGACACCAAAUUUAUCUCAAAUGCAAAUUUAUAGAUAAACAUGAUAGGAUUUUACUAGUUGUAGUCUUCAUUUGUGUUAUUUUUCCAGUCAAGGUUCGGAUUUAUUGUAGAAAUCUGCAUCCAGACUAAAGAAUCACGUGUAAUCUUCUCACUUUAGUCCUCAAACACAAGUUUCAUCUCAGCUCUUGGUGCCAAGAUGUUUUUAAAACCUGUGACCCCUACUUUGGGGUCUCAUACUUGGCAUGCUGACCAGCCUUUCCUCCUCUGUAGUGCCCUGCCACUUUAAAAGAACCAGUACCUCAAUGCUCAGUCAGUUUGCACUCCUCCUGUGUAAAGUGCACCUCUUAUGCCAGCAGCUGCAGGACCAUUCUUUCUGAAAAUUAUGUGCAUUUUUAAACAGUGUUUAAAAACCACAAAUGUGAUGUUUGUUAAGAAAAUGGGCAUUUUUGAAUAUUUGAUAUUUUUUGCACAUUUUAUUUGGUAUUGUAAAUGAAAACUUGUUAGUCAAUCUUAAUCACAUCUAAUAAAUUGAUAUGGUUCAA